AUGGCUAAUACUCGGGAAGUUUACAAUGUUCAACGUGCAUUUUAUGCCGGUGAUUACGAGACGGUCAUCAAUACAUCAACAAAUUCUUUUUCUGAAGCGGCAGUUGUUUACAUUAAUGUUUUGAUUGCUAGAGCUAAGAUUAUUUUGGGUCGACAGGCUGAAGUCAUAAAAGGUUUUAGCUCAUGCACUGAAGGCGAUGAGGACUAUCUUGCAGUUUCGGCACUGGCCAAAUACACCCAAGGACAGAAAGUUGAUGCUGUCAAUGAAAUUGAAAAAUUAAUAUCCGAAAGUUCUGAUAACCAUACUGUUCAAUUUAUUGGUGGAAUCAUAUUAGUCUCUGAAGAGCGGUUGGAAGAGGCUGUGGAAUUAUUAGAUCGUGACGCUAAUAUUGAGGCUGCUACUUUACUUAUUCAAAUUUAUCUCAUUCAAAACCAACUCGAAACUGCUUCUCAAAAAAUUAAGGCUAUCAGCAGUUGGGCUCAAGAUAAUACCGCGUUUAAUAUAGCUGAAUCUUGGACAUUUUUCCGGGCAGGUGGCUACGACCGUUACCAGGACGGCUUUUAUAUUUAUGAUGAGCUAUGCUCAGGCGGUGCUAUAACAACUAAAUCGCUUUUGGGAAAGAUUGUAUCUCAACUUUUGUUAGGAAGACUUCCUGAAACUGAGUCGGUCGUAACACAAGCUUUAGAAGUGGAUCCGGAGAACCCUGACGCUCUUAUAAGCUCAAUUUCACUCGCAAUUCUUUUAGGUCAAUCUUAUGAAGAACAAGAAGAAAAAUUGAAAUUGGCAGCACCUAAUCAUGCUUAUGUCAAAGAUCUUCAAGCUAAAAAUGAGCUUUUCGAUGAGCUGGCUUCAAGAGUUUUUUAA